CAAAAUAAUACGAGUAAAGUUGAAGCUGACGCGUAUACCUGUUUAACUAACGAAAGAUUAACUUCUUCUGCAGUUCUGCUCAUUCAAUCAUUUGAUCCUCCAAAUAAACCCCCCUUUCUUUCUCUCUCCUCUUAACGCAAAUUACGAUGAAUUCCGAAUAUGACUAUCUCUUCAAGCUCUUACUUAUUGGUGACUCUGGAGUGGGCAAAUCAUGUCUUUUACUCAGAUUUGCUGACGAUUCAUACCUCGAUAGCUACAUAAGCACCAUUGGAGUCGACUUUAAAAUACGCACGGUGGACCAGGAUGGAAAGACUAUAAAACUACAGAUUUGGGAUACUGCAGGCCAAGAACGUUUCCGGACAAUCACAAGUAGCUAUUAUCGUGGUGCACAUGGAAUCAUUGUUGUGUAUGACAUCACAGACCAAGAAAGCUUCAAUAAUGUGAAACAGUGGCUCAGUGAAAUUGAUCGUUAUGCUAGCAAUAAUGUCAACAAGCUCUUAGUUGGAAAUAAGAGCGACUUGACAGCCAAUCGUGCAGUUUCUUAUGAAACUGCUAAGAAAAAAAUUUCAAGGCAUAUGCUGAUGAAAUUGGUAUUCCCUUCCUGGAAACAAGUGCCAAAGAUGCUACCAAUGUUGAGCAGGCAUUUCUGACCAUGACGGAAGAUAUAAAAAAACGAAUGGCAACUCAACCAGGAGCAGGUGGUGACAAGCCUUCCACUGUGCAAAUCCGCGGCCAACCUGUCAACCAAAGCUCGAGUUGCUGCUCUUAAUUGACUAACUGAAUAGCAGGGUUUUUGCUUGUACAUAGAAAAAAGAAACUAAGGUUGAUAAUUGCCCAAACAAUUGUUUGAACAGACCUUAAGACAACCAUGAUCUGUGAUAUAUGAAUAAAUGUAUUUGCCACCUUAAAAAAUCGCUUUUGAUACC